GGAGCACCAUAGCUGUUGUUCAUGCUCCUCGUAUCAAGUGCUGAUUGUCCGUAUAGAGCAGCCGGAGGAUGCAUUAGCGGUUGGACGGUGAGCUGGUGAGGCAGAGAUGAGUCUGACUUCCUGGUUCCUGGUGAGCGGCAGCGGGACGCGUCACCGUCUCCCCAGGGAGAUGAUCUUCGUGGGGAGGGACGACUGCGAGCUGAUGCUGCAGUCCCGCAGCGUGGACAAGCAGCACGCCGUCAUCAACUACGAGCCCAACACAGACGAGCACAAGGUGAAGGACCUGGGCAGCUUGAAUGGGACGUUUAUAAAUGACGCCAGGAUACAGGAGCAGAUCUACGCCACGCUGCAAAUCGAAGAUAAAUUGAGGUUCGGAUACGAUACCAACCUGUUCACCGUGGUGCGAGGGGAGAUGCACAUUCCAGAGGAAGCCCUCAAGCAUGAGAAGUUCAGCAGCCAGCUGCAGCUGAACCACAAGAAACCUCCAGAGGUGCAGUCGAGUAAAUCUGAGGUUACGGUCCCCGAGGUGGCGGCAGCACCAGCGUGUGACGCCAACAAGCCAACCGAGGCCAGCAGGGGGGAGGACAAGGGGACAGGAGACGGCGCCGCCAUGCACAAAGUCACGCCCCUCUACGGUCAGCCGGCCUGGUGGGGAGACGGAGACCCCGACAAACAUCAGCCCGGGAGGCCCGAGGAGAAAAGCUCCGAUCGGAAGCCAGACAAAGCCGAUACAGACACCAAAAAAAGUGCAGGGGGCCCAAAGUCGGGCCCGCAGACCGCUUCCAGCCAGGAGCCGAGCUACUUUGAGAUCCCCACCAAGGAUUCUCCCUCGGCGAGCAAAGCGAGCGGUGAACCCACCUCGCGAGAACCAGAGGCCGGAGGUGCGGAGUCCGUCCACGGCCACGCCUCCUUCACCAUUGAGUUUGACCCCGGGGCGUCGGGCAAAGCGACCGCCAAAGACCGAGCGGCGAAGGUCGGACCGGAGGCCAGGCCGCGUCCUAAGAGGGUCGUGGGGGAGGAGCUGAGUCCCCUUCAGACCGCCAUGGUGGCCGCCGAGGUCAAGGUGGCCGACUGGCUGGCCCAGAACGAGCUGCCGCUGGCACUCAAGGCCCCGGUGGCAGAGGAUGACGGGGAGAGUGUGAAGAGUGAUGUGCCGAUUCAGCAGAAGAGCCUUAAAGGCAGCAAACACGAGGACGGUACUCAGAGUGACUCGGAGAACGCGCUCGGAGAGCAUCAGCGCCGGGCCGCGGCGAUGGAGCAGCAGCGCUCCUGGGGGCUGUGGGGCGGGGCCGGCAUGAAGAUCAGGGAGGGCCGCGCCAACGUACCCGAGGGGCUCUUCGCCGAGGAGGACAGUCCCGCUCGCCGUCGCAAAACCUCCGCCUCCAAAGCGGCGGGCGGGUUCCUCAUGGAGAGGCGGCGCGGAGAAGCGGCGCAUCAGCAGAGCGGCCGUGAAGAGUGCUAUCACCACGGCGAUGAUUACAGUGACAGAGGGACCUACACCAUCGAUGUGGAGAAUGGGGAUCAUGAGGAGGAAGAGGCGAGGAAAAUGAUUGACAAGGUGUUUGGUGUGGAUGAGCAGGAGGCGGUGUGUGUGUCCAGGUUGGGGGUCGCUGACCCCGGAGAGAGGCUCACAUCCCAGAGGUCUGGCAUGGGAGACAGAGGAAAGCACGGACGCAUGGAGACGGAGGCACUACCUGAGCAGCUGAUGGUGGGUGGGCCUCGCUGGGUCUCGCAGUGGGCUACUCUGGCUGCCAGUCACAUCAGGACGGACCCCGAGGGAUCGGGAGGGGAGAGUCACAUCAUGGCCUCAGAGGACAGAGCUGAAAUAAGUGAGUCCAGCCACUCGGCCUCCUUCGCCUCGUCCGGAUACACAGAGCGUAAGAGGAGAGCCCUUCCCCAGCUCCCCGGUGAGGAGCUCGCCCUCGGAAGGAGGACCCCGGGUGCAGGCCUGCUUACAGAUAUGGGGGAGAAACAGGACACAGAGCCCCAGGAGAAGGAGAGCCGGGAGGACAAGACGGCCAGAGGAAAGACUCGGCCCGGUCACGGCACCGGAGGCGGCAGCCCCUGUCGCUCCUCGCCGGCCAAGUCGCAGGACAGUGCUAGGUCGGGUGCGUUGGCAAAGCUGCCCCCUCGUCCGCUGACCAGCGGGGAGAAAAGCGUGGAGGAGGUGCAGAGGAGGAAAAAGGACGAGGAGAAGACCCGGGAAAGUAGUGGGAAACCAUUGUUGAGGCAAGAGAGUUUCACCGUGGAGAAAUCGAGCUCCAACAUUGAGCUCAUACCGCGUAUCGAUGGGCUCGCCGGCCGCAGGACUCAGAGUAAGGAGUCCGUCGUCGACGGCGCCUCAACGCAGAAAGACUCGGAAGCCGUGGCGGCCUUUUUAGAGACGACCGGGUCGGACCAAGGGGACCCGCCGAGUCAGUCCAUCGAAGGCUCCAUCUCGCCGGAGUCGGACGUGGACACGACCAGCACGGUGAGCCAGGCCGACGGAGCGAGGAAAGUCAUCCAGAAACGGCGCAUUCUCACCGGGCAGCAGAAGGAGAGGACGCCGGCGUGCUCGUCUGGGAAAGGCCCCGCCUGGAGCAGAGAGACCCCGGACAGGAGGGUCAAGACCAGGGCAUCUGGUCCUCCGCAGCCCAGUCGCCCCUGGACUUCUGUGGACCUCACCGACGAUGAGGUCAACUCCAACUCACUGCUCUCUGACUCCCAGCACACCUCCACGCAGGAGUCCAGAAGCACCGGAGCCCAGACUGGGAGCGCUAAAGUGGGGGCUAGCACCAAGGCUAGCCGGGCUAAAAUCUCCCAGGCACCAAGCUCUACCGCAGCCGGUAAAACCACAAAUGCUCCCAAGCCGAGGCCCACCAGGGCGUCUCUACUGAGGCGAGCCCGAAUGGGGGACUCCUCGGACACCGAACCAGCCGAGUUCGACCGGAUGUCGGUGGCCUCGGAGGCCUCCACCGCCAGUUCCACAUCCAGGACAGGCAUGGCAAGAAGGGGCAUGUCCAGGAUAGAGGCUCUGGCGCAACCGAGGAGGCCGAGGGUGGGCUCCCCGUCAGCCCAGAGCGACUCCGAGGCCACCGUGACGAGGAGGGGGAGGGGUCUAGGGCCCCGGAGCACUGCAGGCGAUUAUGCCAUCCGACAAGGACUGAGAGGAUCCAAUGUGACCUCGGUGUCGGGACCCCGAGCCAGGGCGAACAGCGCCUCCAAGCUGCCCGACAAGAAUAAAGGCCCCUCCUCCUAUGGACAUGUCCCACCUGCAACUAGCGGCCGGUGGCGCCGCGUGCCCAUGGAGUACGCCUCCACCUCGGAGGACGAGUACGGCUCAAACCGCCACUUAUCCAAGCAGAGCCACGCUCGCCCGUUCCCCGCCACCCGGGUGGCCCAGCUCGGCGGGUCGGUCCCGGCAACUCCGACUCCUGGAGGCAUAUCGGGCCUGAGGCAGAACUCCAGGGAACAGGACGAGUACAUGAGAGACUGGACGGCACACAGCGAGGAAAUAGCCAGGAUCAGCCAAGACCUAGCCAAAGACCUCGCCAUGCUCGCCAGAGAAAUUCACGAUGUGGCCGGAGAGAUCGACUCCGUCAGCCCCGCAGCCACGGACCCCGGAGCUCCGGCAGUCGACGCCAUAGAGGAGCGUGUAUUCGAGGACAGCUUGGACCUGAGCGGUCCCCCAGCGGAGCCCAGCAGCAUCGUGGGAACCAACGGGGGGGAGUCUGUGGAGCUCCGCCCCCGGAUCUCCGGUGGACAGAGCUCCCGCUCCAUUCGCCGACAGACAUGGAACAGAGAUGAUGCGGUGUUGGACAGUUUACUAAUAGCGUCUGUUAACCAGCUCUCGACGAGGAUACGUCACUCUGUCGACAAGACAACCUGCAAAAUCAGGAUCCUCUUCAAGGAUAAAGAACAAAAAUGGGAAGAGAUUGAGAACAAACUGCAGGUCGAGCGUGACUCCUUACUCCUCAAAAGCUCCAAUAAGGAGAUUUCCACCAUCCUUCAAGACCUGAGGAGAGUGGAGCGACAACUGCUCGUAAUUGACAUGAUGGUGGACCCGGACGGCACCCUGGAUGCCCUGACCAUUCUGGGCCUGACCAGCCCUCUGGCUGAGCAGAAGGUCGGCCCCGGGACUCAGCAGGGGUCGUCGGCGUUGCACCCCGGAGGGUCCUCCGGCACGGUCUCCAGGGCCACUGAGUCCUCUGGAACUUUGGAGGCGGCCGAGCGAGACCCCGGGCCCCAAAAGAGCCCCAGACCCUACAAAUGAUACUCCAAGGACACACUUCAUACUUUCUUUAUGUUGGACAUAUCCUGAAGGUGUGAGGAGAGGAACAUGUAGGAAGGAGAAUUAUGCCUAUUCGAUGGAGGAGCCUGACUAGAUACUGUACCUGUCUCUCAAAUUGGACUUCAUUAAAACCAAAUAACAGCUUUUGUCAGUUAUACAAAUGAAAACAUAACAGCAUUAUGAACAAGCUAUGACAUCAUACACUGUGUUGUUUUUGUGUUGCAGCUCAUUCUUAUUAUCUGUUAUCCUUAAAAAUCAUUUGAAGAAGAAAAAAAGGACAGAUGUAAAAGAUGAGAGGAUUUAAUGUUUACGCUAAACUUUCCUUCAAAUUUCUGCAAAGACAUAUUUUUGUUUUUAUUCCAAGCCUUGAAAUUCUUUCUGAUCCAAUUUUAAAAUCCAAUGCAGAAAAUCCAAACUAGAAAGGUGCAACGUUGUCAAAUAAGGAUUCAGCGGAGGUGUCAAGUGUUCUUCUAUCCUGCCAUAGAGUUAUUUAUAAUAAUUAAUAUAUUGUUGGCCUGUUGCAAUUGCAAUCCCUAAACCUGCCUCAGUUAUGAUUUUCCACCAGGUAAAAACCACGUUGCUUAUUUCCUGGGGAAAGGAACUGGGUCUGUACAGUAUGUACCAGUGUAAAUGUUUAUUAUAGUUAAAUUUAAAAAGUCCCAUUCAUGCCUUUUUCUCCCUCUGUGGCGAUGUCAUUUGAAACCAGUAUAUCAAAGAUAGACCGUGUGUGUUAAUAUAAACUAUCAAAUCAAAUAUAGCCCCCCCCCACCCAAAAAAGGUUUUACUCUUCUAAAUGUAUUUUGUCACAAGUGCCCUGGAUCAAACAAUCAUUACAGUAGAAGAGGAGAGAAGUUAAUAGAGAGAGAGAGAGAGAAAGAGAGAGGAGAUAAGAGGUGGAGGUGAACUUUGUUUUGCACAUUACAAAUCCGAUGUAUAUGUUAAUAUUCAUCUCUGGGGUGACCGGGACAUGACACUCCUUCAUCAUGUCAUGGGGGUGUGGAAAGGGGGGUGGGGGGGCUGCCUCCAAGUCCUGCAAGGAUGGACACGGUGUAAUGGCUGUAGGGUUUUUUCCAGCGUCUUGCCUCACACCAAUGUUUACACAUGAAUGUAACCUGAUCAAAACUGUUGGAACAUUUUUAGCUAAAAAAAAAAAAAAAGACUUUAAUACAGAUUAAUAAUUUGAUUAUUUUGUGCUCGGCACCGAUACGGUGCUUUGUCUUUAAUUCCGUUUUUUGAGAAUUUGGAGAAUUAUUUGUUUGGAUGUUUUGUAUGAAUUUUAAUUUAUUUGUUUUUCUUUGUAAAUGACGUGUUGACCUUUGCAAUACCUGUGUAUUGUUUGUCUCGUUUCCAAUAAAAUGCAUGAUAAUCAUGA